UGCAUGCAUUGAGAGUAACUGUGUGUGUGUGUAUUGUGUUCUGUGCAGCUGAGCGUGUGUAGCUAGUGCCGUGAUGACUGACGUGAUGAUCAGCGCCACACCAAUGGACAACAUGAGGCUCAGUCCCAGCAAAGAACGCCUGACCUUCCAGAUCUUCCCGGAUCCCUCAGACUUCGAGCGCUGCUGUAAGCUGAAGGACCGUCUGCCGUCUAUCGUGGUGGAGCCGACGGAGGGCGAGGUGGAGAGCGGAGAGCUGCGCUGGCCUCCCGAGGAGUUCCUGGUGAGCGAGGAGGACGAGGAUGAGGAAGAGUGUGACGGAAACCUGCAGAACGGACAGAUGCAGAAAUCUCAGCACUAGAGAAGAUCGACUGACUGACAUGAUCACACACGCACAU